AUGAAGCCCAGGCCCGCGAGGUUCGUGGAUAAUAAACUGAAGCAGCGCGUCAUCCAGUACCUCACCAGUAACAGAUGCGGCAAAUAUGUGGACACUGGAGUCUUAGCAUCUGAUUUACAAAGAAUGUACAGUAUAGACUAUGGUCGAAGGAAAAGAAAUGCCUUUAGGAUUCGGGUGGAAAAAGUUUUUAGCAUAAUUAGUAGUGAGAAAGAACAUAAGGAUCUAGCAGACUUAGAAGAUGAACAUCUGGCCAAAAGAGCAAGACACGGUGAAGAGGAUAAUGAGUAUGCUGAAAGCUAUUCUGAUGAUUCAAGUAUGGAAGAUUACCCAGACCCACAGUCAGCAAAUCAUAUGAACAGUUCCCUGCUCUCCUUGUAUCGGAAAGGAAAUCCUGAUUCUGUUUCAAGUACUCCUGAGAUGGAACAAAAAGAAACCAUUACUUCAUCACCACGGAUAACUUCCAGAACAGGCUCCGUUCCUUCAAAGACCCCCGACGGAGGUUCUGAAGGAGGAUGGUUUAUUGACAAAACCCCGGGUGGAAAGAAGGACAGUUUUUUCUUGAAUCUAUCAGAUGAGAAGUGUAAUGAUAAGAAGCUGAUCUCUGAGAUAGAGAAUUCAAAAGAUUCUUCUCUUCUGGAGAGUAACAAAAAAAGGAAAGGCAAGCUAAACAGCAAAGGAGGCAAAAAGAAGAGAGAAGAUCUCCAGGAAGUAGAUGGGGAAAUAGAAGCUAUCCUGCAGAAGAAAGCUAAAGCCAAGGGGCUAGAAUUACAGAUCUCCAGUGUGAAGUUCGAAGACGUUGGCGGCAAUGAUACAACAUUAAAAGAGGUCUGCAAGAUGCUUAUACACAUGCGUCACCCAGAGGUGUACCACCACCUGGGCGUCAUACCCCCACGUGGAGUUCUUCUUCAUGGACCACCAGGCUGUGGGAAGACAUUACUUGCUCAUGCGAUUGCUGGGGAACUUGAUCUUCCAAUUCUGAAAGUAGCUGCUACGGAGAUUGUAUCUGGAGUGUCUGGAGAAUCCGAACAGAAGCUAAGAGAACUAUUUGAACAAGCUGUGUCAAAUGCACCAUGUAUCCUCUUUAUUGAUGAAAUUGAUGCUAUUACCCCCAAAAGAGAAAUUGCUUCAAAAGAUAUGGAGCGAAGAAUUGUAGCCCAGCUCCUAACCUGCAUGGACGAUCUGAAUAAUGUGGCCGCUACAGCUCGGGUCCUAGUCAUUGGAGCUACCAACCGACCAGACUCCUUAGACCCUGCUUUGAGACGUGCAGGAAGGUUCGACCGAGAAAUAUGCCUGGGUAUCCCAGAUGAAGCCUCCAGAGAAAGAAUACUUCAAACUUUGUGCAGAAAACUAAGACUUCCCGAAACUUUUCAUUUUCGUCACUUGGCACACCUCACGCCGGGCUUCGUUGGUGCUGACCUGAUGGCGCUCUGCCGAGAGGCAGCCGUGUGUGCCGUCAACAGGGUCUUAAUGGAGCUUCAGGAGCAGCACAGGAAAAAUCCUGAGAUUGAAGCUUCACCCUCUGACGGAGACCAGGAAGAGGGGACUGGAACUGAACCCACUUCUGAAACCCAGCUGCUUUCUGUACAGGAAGAAUUGCAAAGGCUGCUGGGGUUGCUAAGGAACCAGGAUGCCCUCUCAGAGGAGCAGCUUAAAGGACUGUGCAUUGAGUUGAAUGAUUUCAUGGUUGCUCUGUCCUCUGUCCAACCCUCUGCCAAAAGGGAGGGCUUCGCCACUGUCCCUAAUGUGACAUGGGCAGAUAUUGGUGCCCUGGAAGACAUUAGAGAAGAGCUCACCAUGGCGAUAUUGGCACCAGUACGUAACCCAGAUCAGUUCAAAGCUCUUGGCUUGGUGACUCCAGCUGGGGUCCUCCUGGCUGGUCCUCCUGGCUGUGGGAAAACUCUGCUCGCAAAGGCUGUUGCAAAUGAGUCUGGGUUAAAUUUUAUAUCUGUGAAGGGCCCUGAAUUACUAAACAUGUAUGUUGGUGAGAGUGAGCGUGCUGUGCGACAGGUUUUUCAGCGAGCCAAGAACUCAGCACCCUGUGUGAUAUUCUUUGAUGAAGUGGAUGCAUUAUGCCCUCGAAGAUCAGCCCGAGAGACAGGGGCAAGUGUCCGAGUGGUGAAUCAGCUGCUUACAGAGAUGGAUGGUCUGGAAACACGUCAGCAAGUUUUUAUUAUGGCAGCCACUAACAGACCAGAUAUCAUUGACCCUGCAAUCCUGCGCCCAGGCCGCCUGGACAAAACACUCUUCGUGGGUUUACCACCCCCAGCAGAUCGUCUCGCCAUCUUAAAAACUAUCACAAAAAAUGGUACAAAACCCCCACUGGAUGCAGAUGUAAACUUGGAAGCAAUUGCUGGUGACCUUCGCUGUGAUUGUUAUACAGGUGCAGAUCUCUCUGCUUUGGUACGGGAGGCUUCUGUCCUUGCCCUGAAGCAGGAAAUGGCAAGACAGAAGAGUGGAAAUGAAAAAGGUGAACUGAAGGUUAGUCAGAAGCACUUUGAAGAAGCUUUCAAGAAAGUAAAAUCAUCUAUAUCAAAAGAGGCUCGAGCAAUGUAUGCGGAUCUGCAGUGGUCCCUCAGCCGGUGA